AUGUUACCGUCAGACCAACAUACUACCAAACGAGAAAUUCUCCAGGACAUUGCACGAAUCUACGAUCCUUUAGGACUAAUUGCACCUGUGACCUUCUAUGGAAAGGUUUUCAUGCAGAAACUAUGGAAAGCCAGUAUGUCCUGGGAUGAGAAACUUUCACCUCGUCAUUGUGACGAGUGGAGUCAAAUUUGCAACAAAUUUCAAUCUCUUUCCACCUUAAAAAUUCCAAGAUUAUCUGGAACGAUUGGAAAAGAUUCUCAUUGUCAGGUAGUGGUAUUUAAUGAUGCCUCUCUGAAAUCUUAUGCUGCAGCCGUUUAUCUCCUUGUCAAGAAUGGAGAGAGUAUCGAAGUGAAUCUUGUGUUUUCAAAAAUGCAUUUGACUCCGAUUCAAUCAGCUGUUGCAAACGAAGAACAUCAAAAGAAAGGAAAGAAACUUACGUUACCACGGCUUGAGUUACUAUCAACAGUGAUUGGAGUCAGAGCUGGAAACUUUGUUAAAGAUCAGCCGAAGCUUCAGAACUCUAAACUAAUAGUAUUUACUGAUUGUCAGUGCGUUCUACACUGGUUGAAAACACCCAAGCCGUUAUCAACCUUAGUUGACAACAGAAUCAAGGAGAUGCGACAAAGCAAUGCUGUUUUCCGCUAUGUUCCAUCAAAUCAAAAUCCAGCAGAUUUUGCGACAAGAGAUAUGUCUGCUUCAGAGUUGGAGAAAAUUCGAUUAUGGUGGCACGGACCAGAAUGGCUGACACUUUCUGUUAAUUCGUGGCCAAACUACAAUGUUCCAGAAGUAAGUACUCAGACUUUGGACUAUCUUGAGUCAGAGACAAAUAAGUCCAACAAAAUUUACGUUGCUACCAACUUCACAAAGAAGUGUAAAGCUGACUUAGGAUCGAAUGAAUGUGACAAUUCACCCUUCCGAAUUGAUGAGAAGCGUUUUUCUUCUCUCCAGAAAUUAAUUCGUGUGACAAGCUACUGUGUAAGAUUUAUACAGAAGGUAAUUUGGAGCGUUUUGAGAAAGGAGACACAAGAAACUAUGUCUUCAAGAUAUGUACUGAUCAAACAAGUGUUCAGAGAACAUUCAAGUUAUGCUACCGACCAAGUUCACAGCGUUUGUAAUGCGCGUAUUCUCUGGGAAUAUGCAGUUCAGAAUAGACAAUAUAUCAAUGUGUUGAAUGAUAUGAGAAAGGGGAAAAGAAACAACUUACAACGACAACUUGGACUCCAGAUAGACGAAUGGGGUCUGCUGAGAUGUCAUGGACGGUAUUCAAAUGCAAAUCUUUCCUUUAACGCAAAAUAUCCUAAACUAAUUCCUCGGUCGGAAUAUUUUACACAUUUGGUAAUCAAGGACGCUCAUGAACGGAUGCUUCACAGUUAG